AUGGAGAGAGAGGGGGAGGGUGAGGAGGCAGAGGAGGAGGAUGGAGGUGGACAUGGCGGCCGGAGAUGGAACAGGAAAAACAAAAUCAGUAAAAGUUCCCGCCGGCCGGAAAUUUCAAAUCCCAUACGAGAUCAGCUUCUCGGAGACCACCCAUGUCGCGUUCGCCGUGUUUCCGCCGGCGUGGAGGUAGAUCUUGACGGCGUUCCUCACGCCGGCGUUGGGUUUCCGACCUCCUCCUUUUCCUUGCUCCUCCGCCGCCUCCUUUUCUUCAUCGUUCGAGUCCUUCGAGGCUUUGAAAGACGCCCAUGA